AUGAAAAUUUUAUCUUUAUUUCUUUUGCACGACUUUUUACUAAUUAACUUUGUUCUUGGGGACUAUUACACUCCGAAUGAAGAUGUUGGUCAAAAGUUAUCCGGAUAUGAUCCGAGUAAUGACAAAAGGUAUCCGUUUGAAUUUGGAAUCGGCUACUAUUACCAAGGUGACAUAAUGCUAGUUCCACCAGAGAAUGGAAGGGUUUCAAUACCAGAUACAUUAACUUCGUACAUUUGGCCAAAUGGGACAGUGCCAUACGUCAUAGUAGGAAACUUUUCUGAAAGCGAAAAAACUACCAUUCGUAAUGCUAUGGAUAUGUACAAACAAUACACUUGCGUUCGAUUUGUACCGCGAACAGCAAACGACAAUUUGUUUGUAACAAUAGGAAAUAAUGACACAGGAUGUUAUUCUUAUAUUGGCAGACAAUCGAAUAAUCAGUAUAACUACAUAAACCUACAGACACCACAGUGUCUGAUGGCGGUUGGAACACCGGUGCAUGAGAUGAUGCAUGCACUUGGGUUCUAUCAUGAGUUUGUACGGCCAGAUAGGGAUCAAUACAUUACAAUCAAUCGAAGUGCAUUACUACCCGAACUCCAAUCCGAUGAAAUAUAUAAUAAUAAUUUUGCCAAAUUACAACCUGAGGACGGACAGACAUAUAACAUUCCUUACAACUAUGGUAGUGUAAUGCAUUAUUCACGAUAUGCCGGAGCCCAAAGUCGUAAAUAUCCUGUUUUGAUCAACAAGCAACCGUGGGUCGGAGAUUUCGGAAAUGAGAAUGGAUUUGCUGCGACAGAUGUAAUGGAAGUUAACUAUCGGUACAAUUGUACAACCAACAACAAAAUACCAAGACCUAUUACUGGAAUGUUUGGAUAACUUCGUUUAAAAUUGUUAAACAUCCAAUAGAUA